UGGGCGUUGGGCGUUUGCACCGUCACAGUUGGGGACAGAGAGGUGGUGGAAGACCGACGGCGUGCUGAAUGAAAUGUGUCCAGAGAGUAAAUAAUGGCUCCGAAAUACACUCGAAGCCUUCGUGGACUCCUACCGCCAAUGGCAUUGCUCCUGGAGACGGUCUUUAUUUUAUUGUUCACCUUUUUCACCGAAUAUGAGGACCCCGCAGUUAUGAAAAAUAUUGCUCAAACAGACCUCUACACUGAGUUCCAGGACGUGAACGUGAUGGUGAUCCUGGGGUUCGGGUUCCUGGCGACGUUCCUGGUGCGGUACGGCUUCAGCGGAUCCGGGUUCUCCCUGCUGGUGGCCGCCCUGUCCGUGCAGUGGGCCCUGCUGCUCGACGGGUUCCUCUUCGCGUUCCGGCACGGAAAGAUCCGCGUCGGGGUGCGCAGCUUGGCCACAGCCAAUGUGUGCGCUGCAUCGGCGCUGAUCUCCAUGGGGGCGGUCCUGGGAAAGACUAACCCCGUCCAGCUGAUGGUCAUGGCCCUGCUGGAGGUCACGGGGUUCAUGACACACCGAUGGAUCCUGCACAUCUUCCUGAGUGACCACCCCACACAGAACCACCCCAUACAGCCCAUCAUGCUGCUCCACGUGUUCGGGGCCUUCUUCGGGCUGAUGGUGUCGUGGGUUCUGAACCGGCCCGGGCUGGAGCACCGGCACGAGAAGGACAGAACCGACCGCCGGACCGGCCUGUUCGCCACUGUGGGGGCGCUGUUCCUGUGGAUGUUCUGGCCCAGCUUUAACUCGGUGCUGCUCGCCCACGAGGACAAGCUGAUGGCCGUCUCCAGCACCUACCUGUCCCUAGCAACCAGCACCGUCGCCAGCUUCCUCGUUUCCGCGGUGACCAGUCCCAGAGGGAAGAUGAACAUGAUCCACAUCCAGAAUGCGUCUCUCGCUGGGGGCGUGGCAGUGGGCGUGGCCAUAUCCGUGGCGGACGUGCCGUGGGUCGCCAUGGUGAUCGGCCUGUCGGCGGGUCUCGUCUCCAGCCUGGGAUUCCGUUACCUGAAGCCACACCUGCAGGUCGUGUUCAAAUGCCACGACACCUGUGGGGUGCUGAGCGUUCACGGCCUGCCGGGGAUUCUGGGAUGGGCCUUCUUCAUCCUCAUCCGGACGCUCUCCCCGCCCAACGUCCAGCGCGGCCCCUCCAGGCUGGGGAACAGUCCAGGACAGUUCAGCUUCAUUCUCCUGGUCACCUUGAGCCUGAGUUUGAGUCUGGGGGCUCUUACAGGCUUGCUCAUGAAGUGGAGUUUGUGGCGGGCGCCCCAGGACAGGAAGUGCUUUGAUGACCAGGCCUAUUGGGAGUUCCAACAUCUUGCAGAGCGCAAAUAAUGACAUUCCAGACCACCAGCUGCACACACACACACUUCAUCUCCACUUUUUAAAUAUCUUCAUAUUGUUAAUUAUCUAAAACCCUGCUUUUUAAACUAAUGCAAUAAUGUUAAACUUAUGCAGUAAUAAAUUGGAAAAAAAGAAAUAUUAACUUUACAUUUAAACUCCUGAUUGCUUGCACUGAAAUUUUUAUAUAUAUUUUUUUAAUACUAAUUUAGCUUUUGGUCCAGUUUAUUCACACACAUACUUAAACCUCAAGGGAGCAUCACAGGUGCCGAACUGGAACAGCCCAACACUGGAACACUCAACUGGAAGUUGCCGGGCCGGUGUAUAUGCAGGAUUGACUCCAGUCCUGAGAGUGGAUUUGUAUUGACUUUGUGAAAUAAAUUGUUAUACAUA